AUGCACAAUGCAAUCGAUGAACCAUACCUUGGACCGCAAUUUGCUGAGUGGUCUCUUGACUCUGAUUCAACAAUCGAGAUGCCAAAUCGUGGAGGGGCGCCGUGGGGUUUGGAGAGCAUCUCCCCAAUAUUCCGAGUUCACGAAAACUCCACUUGGCGCCGGCACAUUGAGUUUCUGUGGAACUUUCUGAGAACCGAUUUUCAAGUCAGCACCAAUACUAGCUGCGGCACACAUGUGCAUCUUUCACGGGCAGGGGGUUAUAGCCUCGCCGACCUGAAGAAAAUAUGUCAAAGUAUUAUUCACUUUGAGCCCGCAUUUGAGGCUCUGUUGCCCGAGGACCGACUAUCAAACGAAUAUGCGCGAAGUAAUUGGUUGGACAACGUGAAUUUCGGCCACCGGAAUCUAUCUCGAAAGCAGAGCAUUGCCGCAAUUCAACGCGCUCCCAGCAUGAGAGAAUUGGUUCUUCUCAUGAAUCCAAAUCACGAUAAAAUGUUUGGGUGGAAUUUUCUUUACCUCCUGAACAGCCCCAAUGGAACCAUUGAGUUCCGGAGGGGCGCAGCCUGCACGUCGGCACAGCAAGUUUUCGUCUAUAUCGAGAUUGCUAUGUCGUUUAUCGAAGCGGCCGUCCGGCUGGGUACCCCGGAAAAUCUUGAAAGAGUACCCGGCACUGUUGGUGGCCUCAAACACUUCAUCAGCGCCGCACGCCUCCCGAACAAUGUUCCUGGAUUAUACGACUCACGAUACCUAUCUUUGUUUUUCGGCAACAAGAGCGAUAGCACAUUCCGUGAACCGAAGCCGCUUGGAAGACUCUCGGCCUAUCAACUUAGUAAAUUGAAGAAAAAGAAGGAAGACGACAAGAAGAAGAACAUAGCUAUGGUGAAGAUGUUGCGUGAGCCAUACUGGAGCUAGGUCCCCAAUUGUCUGGGAUAUACGUUUUUCAUCAUCAGCUGGAUCUGGUAAAG